AUUAUAGAACACACAUACGCCACCCGCUCCCCCUGUCUCCAUCACAUUCCGCCGUCUCUCCUCCCUCAUCCGCCGCUGGCCAGCCCCCCCUACCGAACACCGAAUUUUGAGCGCGUGCACUAGGUCGGCUUGCUCGAGCAUCCACACCGGGACACAAAUGGAAACCCUUAGGGGAAACUCACAAAUAAGAAGUCCUGCCCCGGUAAAACAGUCGUUGUCGGACAAAAUGGAGCAACAAUAGCGUCGUUUUCUUCCCGUCCUUCCUUCAUAAUUUAGUCGUUACAUCGUUCCGAAGCGGGCAACGCGCGUCCCGUAGUUACACCAGUCUAGGCUACCGACCGACUGAUUAUUGUUCACCUGCGAAGUGCUACGGACGGAUUUGUGUACGCAGAAGAUGAUAUAACGCACAUUGAAGACGACCUGAACGGGAACGUGUAACUGGAGCGGCGCGAAGAAGGAGCAUGAAGUUUGCGGUUGCAGUGUUGUGGCUGUUGUGGUUGUCGGUCGGCGACGCCACUAUUGAAGCUCCGGAGGAGUUUGUGUCUCUGGCUGAGAUGGAGGAUGCCUUGUUGAGGAACCUGUUUAGAGGGUAUCAGAAAUGGGUCCGACCCGUUAUGCACGCUAACGACACCAUCACAGUACGCUUCGGACUCAAGAUCUCACAGCUGGUGGAUGUGGAUGAGAAGAAUCAGCUAAUGACUACUAAUGUCUGGCUAUGGCAGGAGUGGGUAGAUGUGAAGCUCCAGUGGAACCCAGAUGAGUAUGGAGGAAUCACCUCUAUCAGAGUUCCCUCUGAAACAAUAUGGCUGCCGGACAUCGUCCUCUAUGAGAAUGCUGACGGGCGUUUCGAGGGCUCUCUGAUGACCAAAGCCAUCGUGAGGUCAGACGGGACAAUCAGGUGGACCCCUCCGGCCAGCUACAAGUCUUCAUGCACCAUGGACGUCACCUUCUUUCCCUUCGACAGACAGAACUGCUCCAUGAAGUUUGGCUCGUGGACCUACGACGGCAACAUGGUCGACCUGGUCCUGGUCGACCACUACGUUGACCGCAAGGACUUCUUCGACAACGGUGAAUGGGAGAUCCUCAACGCCACGGGCGCCAAGGGCAGCCGGCGGGACGGUAUCUACUGGUACCCCUUCGUUACCUACUCCUUCAUCCUCAAGAGGCUUCCUUUGUUCUACACACUCUUCCUCAUCAUCCCCUGUCUUGGUCUGUCCUUCCUGACCGUGUUGGUAUUCUAUCUCCCGUCCGAUGAAGGAGAGAAGCUGUCUCUGUCUACGUCGGUCCUGGUGUCUCUCACGGUGUUCCUCCUCGUCAUAGAAGAGAUUAUACCCUCGUCCUCCAAGGUGAUACCUCUGAUUGGAGAAUACCUCCUCUUCAUCAUGAUCUUCGUCACCUUCUCCAUCAUCGUCACCGUGUUUGUCAUCAACGUCCACCACCGCUCCUCAGCCACCUACCACCCCAUGGCCCCCUGGGUAAAAAGCCUCUUCCUCCAGAGGCUACCCAGACUGCUCUGCAUGAGGGGACACACUGACAGGUACCACUACCCAGACAUUGAACUGCGUAGCCCGGAGCUGAAGCCCCGUGGAGGUCCAGGGAGGAGGGGGGCCUCGGGCCAGGGCCAAGCCCAGCAGAGAGGCCCUGUCGGGGGAAAGGAGGAUGAGAACCAUGCCUGGUUGGCCAUGCUGGAGAAAGCCACCAACUCAGUACGGUACAUCAGCCGUCACAUCAAGAAGGAACACUUUAUCAGAGAGGUGGUGCAGGACUGGAAGUUUGUGGCUCAGGUGUUGGACAGGAUCUUAUUGUGGGUGUUCCUCACUGUCUCCAUACUGGGUACCAUCCUCAUCUUCACUCCAGCCAUCACUUUGUACCUCACCACCCCACCCUUCAAUACAUAGACCCUAGCCCCUACACCGUAACCCCUAUACCCUACACCCUAGAACACAUAGUAACUAGACCCUAACCCCUAACCCCUAAACCAGGGCUGUUCAAUGUCGGUCCUGGAGGGACGAAACACUUUGGUUUUCAUCCUGUCCUUCUAAUAAGGGACUGAUUCAGACCUGGGACACCAGGUGACUGCAAUUAACUACCAGGUAGAAAGACAAAACAGAAGGGUUUCUGCCCUCCAGGACUGGAAUGGAACUCUACUCCCUAACCCCUACACCCUACCACCCUAACCGCUACACCCUAACCCCUACACCCUACAUCCUAACCCAU